AGUCAAAUUUUAGUUUAAAUCGAGAAAUUGUUGUGAAUACAUAAAAGGCGAUAAAGUAUCUAUUAAUUUUAUAUAACCUUAUUUUAAAAUACGGUAUAUUUUACAAAUAAUUAUUAAACUCAUAUUACAUACUAGAUAUAUAAAAUUACAAUGCCGGUCGAAAUUAACACGCCAGAUAACUUAACAUACCAGUUUCACCCUGUAAGUGGUUCCUGUUUCCAAUUUAAAGUACGUUCUCCGAAUGAUGCUCAUUUAGCUUUGACCAAUGGUCCGAACGAGUCUGAUCCAAUGUAUGAGGUAUUCAUUGGAGGAUGGCAAAAUACUAAAUCAGUUAUAAGAAAAAAUAGGACUAAACCAGAUGUUGUUGAAACUGAUACACCUGGAAUUUUAAAUCCUGGAGAAUUCCGUGGAUUUUGGAUCCGCUGGUACGAUGGCGUCAUUACAGUUGGACGUGAAGGUGAAGCUGCCGCAUUUAUGUCACAUGAAGAUCCCGAUUUAUACCCCGUUAAUUUCAUAGGUGUUUGUACUGGUUGGGGCGCUUCUGGUACUUGGCUUCUUGAAGAAUCUCAAUCUGCUCCACCAGGAGUAGCUGCCGCUCUUACUGCAAGUCAACCAGGAUGGUCAGCUCCAGCUGGGGCUGGUCCAGGGUGUUGGGUGGCAGGCUCCGGAGGCAAUGUACCGCCCGGUGCAAUGGAAGGCGGUUUUGAUGGAGAACAAUUAUAUAUUGCUCGAGCCCGUCAUGAAGGCGCUUUAAUUCCUGGAAAAUUGCAUCCAGGUCAUGGGGUAUGCUAUAUUCCAUGGGGCGGAGAAGAACAUGCCUGUUCCGAUUAUGAAGUUUUAUGUUCUGGUUCUGGAUAUUGGGUUCCGGUAGAAGGUGGAAAUAUACCACCGAACGCCAUGCCAGCUGGUGAAACUGAAACUGGUGAACCAUUGUUCAUUGGGCGUGCCAACCAUAAUGGUACAGUUACUGUAGGAAAAGUUCAACCUUCUCAUGGAUGUUGUUACAUACCAUAUGGAGGUCAAGAAUUGGCAUACACAGAUUUUGAGAUAUUUGUUUCAAAUUAAAUAUAUUGCAUACCUAUUCUUAUCACAAGUCACUUUACAUUGUAUAUUAUAUAUUUUUAUUACGCAUAAGUAAACUGUUAUUGAUAUUAUUCGUAUACAAAUUAAUUCUAAUGACACACGGACAAAUAAUAAAAGUAGAAUAUGAUAUAUGCGCUACAAAGUGCCUUGAGUUCCAAUGAUAAAUAAAUUUUUAUUAAAAUGUUAUAUCUCAUAACAACAGAAUCUCAGAAAAAAAAAUUAAUUGUAUUGAUGCUUGCAUUUAGCGAGUUUAUUUUUAGUUUUAAAUGAAAUAAAAUGUUAUAUUCAAUUUUUGGCACGGCAUGUUAACAAGUAAAAAAUUGUUUUUAAUUAAUAUU